AUGAAGAAGAUAAAGAUAUAUUCCAAGGCUACACAUCCUAUGAGUGGUCAAACUAGCUACUCAUUUGAGAUUUUCCUAUUCAAAUGUGGAUUGUGUCUAACCUCAAUCCAAGAUAUCAACUCCAAUCUUUUCACUCACCUGUUUUGCGCAUUUACCGAUCUUGACUCCACCACAUACACCGUCACCAUAUCCUCUGCAAACAGCGCACCCUUUUCCCAAUUCACCCAAACCGUCCAACUCAAAAACCCUUUAGUCAAAACCCUCCUCUCCAUCAGCGGUGGAGCUUCCGACGAGGCCGCCUUCUCUGCAAUGGUGAGCCAAGCUUCUAGAAGGAUAUCAUUCAUUGAUUCUUCCAUAACCCUAACCCGAACCAAAGGCUUCCACGGUCUAGACAUAGAGUGGGAAUACCCCGGUUCCAAUUCGGACAUGACAUAUUUAGGCACCCUUUUGGACGAAUGGCAAUCGGCCGUGGUGGCCAAGGCCACCAGGUUCGGCAAGCCGCCGUUACUUUUUAUGGCAGCGGUCCAAGGCUACUCACCAAGAGUUGACGGAACUUACAACUAUCCUUAUGCAGCCAUUUCCAGGAGCCUGGAUUGGAUAAACGUCAUUACAUACGAUUUUUACUCCCCUGAUUGGUACACAAGAUUCACGAACUGUCACGCCGUAUUAUACCAUCCUUUAUGGAGAGGCUGCCAGAAGCACCAGAAUCCAGAGUUGGAGGAAUGCGGGGGUGCCAGCUAA